UGGAAUGGAAAGUUCUGGAAGGCACUACUUUCGUACGCGAAGCUAGCAGAGGGGCAUACAUACGACUCUGCCAAACGAGAUAGCGCAGAAUCGUAAAGCUGACUAAGUAGUCUGCGCUUCAACACAAUCGUCUAUUCAAUACCAAGUAUAAAGACACGGCCGAGAGCUCGCCUCAUCACCAGACCAUUUCAGUCGCCCGUAUCAGUUCGCUGUGUUGAGAAAUCAAACAAUCAGCAUGUCCGCCUUGAUCAACCUGACAGGCGAAUACACUUCCAAGCAACUUCGACUUAUUGCAGAAGCCCGUGCGGCGGAUGGCGUCCACGUCGUCUUUCAGAACGGAUACAAGGCCAUAGAUAAGAAUGAGGAUAAUGCUCUAAUUUUUCCAACGGGUCUCAUGCCUGGCCUGAAGUUUGUGCACGUUUUCCAUUUCCAGAGCUUUAACGGCACCCAUAUCUUUCGCUUCCAGACCCAGGGUAGAGUGGCGUACGUGGAGUACGCUCUCGUCUCGCAAAAGUCUGAGUUCACCGGAUGGAAGACGCUGUCGUCUAAGACGAUUGUCGCAGAGAGCUUCGGUACCACCUACAGUCCUAUGAGUCCAGGCUUCCACGUGAUUCAAGCCGAGAUCGACAGCUCGGCUAAGAUGAUGAUACAGGAUGACGGAACCAACAUAUGGAGCGCUUAUGAGGAUGUUCCCGGUUUCACCCUUGACAUCUUCAAGAAGCUUGUCCUUCAUGAAUUUACAACGCGACUGACCGACGUGCCUACUUUCUACAUACUCAUGGAAAUGCAUGUCAUCAAAACUGCACAGUCCAGCCCAUCGACAUUUAACAACGGACAAGAAUUCUUAAUGCCUACCGUUAAGUUGAGUCCUGGGGCUUACAUAACAUGGACAGGCUCCGUCGACACAGACACCGCCGUCGUCAUCAAGGAUGACACCACUGAGCUGUUCAGCCACACAGGGAAGACCACCAACCUGUCCGUUAUGAUGAAAGUUAUGAGGGACAGCAUCGUCAUAGGCGAGGACGGCAAGGCCGCUCUGACGGUUGCAGUGGACAAAUACAAAGCCACAAGAGGAGAUAUGAGAAGAUCAAAAAUCAGCGUGAGCAAGGAAUUCAGUCUCACCAACUGCUUCGUGCAAUCUGGGGUCCUCUCCAAUGAAUGGGUCUAGCACGCCUUCAUCUUCGGAAGCAACGCAUGACGAACACCCGAUUCACCGUGGACCUUUGAUGUGGACGAAACCUCACCGACUAGAGCAACGUGUUUAUUUAGCAAUAAAAGCCCACUCGCACAAGUG